UUUGAAGCCGAAGUAUGCGCCGAGCUGGAAUUGGGUGCUGUGGAUGUUACGGCGAUUGUGCAAGCAUCCCGUAUUGCGGAUGCUGAGGGUGGUGCCGAUUCAAUUGGGUUCUUGACUGGUGAUGCUCUAUCAGCUGACACACUUCUCGGUCAUGUACGAAGUGUGGCGCAAUAUGAUGAAGGCGCAGCUGUGGCUGGUCCUUUGAAAAUUAUCUAA